CAGCGUCUCUCGGGCGUCGGGCGGGUCGGUGUGCGGCGCGGACGAGCAGCGUGGUUUCAACCUGUGACUGACUGACACCCGCCGGGGAAGGAAAGAGAAUCAAACUUAUCCCGACUUUGUCGUCCGCAUAUUGCCAAUAUGUCUGGAGAUGAAGAGGCACAAGAGCAGACCAUCGCCGAUGACUUGGUGGUCACAAAGUACAAGAUGGGAGCCGAGAUCGCAAACCAGGCUCUGAAGACGGUAGUGGCAGCAGCCUCCGCUGGCAUCUCUGCGCUGAACCUCUGCGAAAAGGGAGAUGCCUUCAUUGCGGCAGAGACUGGUAAAAUCUUCAAAAGGGAAAAAGACAUGAAGAAAGGCAUCGCUUUCCCCACCUGUGUGUCGGUUAACAACUGUGUAUGCCAUCACUCCCCUCUGAAGAGCGACCCGGAUGUCAUUCUGAAGGAUGGGGACCUUGUCAAGAUUGAUCUGGGCGUGCAUGUUGACGGCUUCAUCUCGAAUGUGGCUCACAGCUUUGUUGUCGGAGCGACCAAGGACAAACCCAUGACCGGCCGGAAAGCUGACGUCAUCAAAGCGGCUCAUCUCUGUGCAGAAGCUGCCCUCCGUCUUGUCAAGCCAGGAAAUCAGAACACACAGGUCACAGAAGCCUGGAAUAAGAUCGCCAAGUCAUUCAAGUGCUCCCCAAUUGAGGGCAUGCUGUCCCAUCAGCUCAAACAACAUGUGAUUGAUGGGGAGAAAACCAUCAUCCAGAACCCAACGGACCAGCAAAAAAAGGACCAUGAGAAGGCUGAGUUUGAGGUGCAUGAGGUUUAUGCGGUGGAUGUCCUCAUCAGUACUGGGGAGGGGAAGGCUAAGGAUGGAGGUCAGAGGACGACCGUUUACAAAAGAGAUCCCAACAAGGUGUACGGCUUGAAGAUGAAGACGUCUCGUACAUUUUUCAGUGAGAUGGAGAGGCGCUUUGAUACAAUGCCCUUCACUCUGAGAGCGUUUGAGGAUGAAGGCAAGGCAAGGCUGGGGGUGGUGGAGUGUGCCAAACACGAGCUGCUGCAGCCGUUCACCGUGCUGCAUGAAAAGGAGGGUGAGUUUGUGGCCCAGUUCAAGUUCACCGUGCUGCUCAUGGCGAACGGACCUCUGAGAAUCACAAACAGCCUCUUUGAGCCGGAGCUCUACAAGUCCGAGCAUGAGGUGGAGGACCCAGAACUGAAGGCUUUGCUUCAGAGCUCGGCCAGCCGUAAGACUCAAAAGAAGAAGAAAAAGAAGGCGUCAAAGACUGUUGAGAGUGCUACAGGACAAGCGGUGGAGACUGAGGCUGCAGAAUAGUGUCCAAUAAAUCGUGACAGACAUCUGAUGACCCAAAGAACAGACGUCACGAAUCCUCCUGUCCCAGCUGUCUGAGGCAUUUGUGGGCAUUUCUGCUGUGAACACCUGAAUCUAACUGAUGUCAGUCUGGGAUGACGCUGCUUUUAAAUUCUGUCCCUCCACCCAAAAUACAUACACCACCCAAGUAAAUUUUCCUGUUUUUGAGGCAACCGUAUUCUCUUUAACAGUGGUGAAAUUCGACCAUGAAGGAGGAUAUUUUUGAAAAGGGCCAGUUCUUACAGGAACACUUCACCAUUUGAGUGGCCUUGAGCUUUCCGUUCAGACUCCACAAUAACUGUAGCAAAAGAUGUGGAAAUUAAAGAGUUGGACAGAGCGGCCAAGGACGAUGAAUGCACAGUACUGUGUCAGUGUAAUCUUGUGGCAUUUAGAGGUUCCUUUAGAUCAUACGCCUGAAGCCAUACCUUUUUUAAAGGAGUGUUAACUUGUUAUGGGCAUAAACACGUCUUACACCAAUCAUACAGUGAAUUGUAUGACAUCAUUUUUCAUCAUUGCUGUUAAAUAAAGCUUAAUAACCACAUUUCUACUACUAUGGCUUAGAUCUGUGUUCUAGUUCCAUUGUAUAUGCUUCUAGGUGUCUACUAUAGGAUACUCAUCUGAUCAUUUCUAAAACUGAGAUAUUAGAACCUGUCUCACUAAUUUAACUGGUGAAAAGUUCACUUCUUUUCCUCGGUGGUGGAUGGUCUCAACUCCUGCCAAGGCUUCAGCUUUCAAUCCUCUGGUGCCACAGCUGAGUCCAACAGUCUGUGUUUACAUGAAAAUUCCAUACCUGUUAGAUAUAUAUAUGGAGCCUUUUGUAAAACAAAUCCCAGUUUCAGAGACUAUUUUUGGAAACAUUAAAGGAUCAUCUGGCGUCA